AUGCGUCAGCCACCCUCGCCCGAGGCCUUGCCCCGUGCAGUUCAUUACAUGCUGCGCCUGCAAGGAGGCUCGCGAAGUGCCCUCCGGCCGCACCGGGAAGCAGGGGAUGUGAAGAACACGCCCUCGUCUUGGGGGGCAUCCGUCUCCAAACCCAGCAGAUUCUUGACGUGUCCCUUCUUGGCCAUCGCAGCCGUAGUCAGGCUCUGCCCGGUUCGGGCCGUUUGUCCUCUUGCUACCGAAUAUUGCUUGAUAGGUUUUGGUCUGGACCAUCAGCGGCCGAAAAAGGAAAGCUCGCACUGGUCGGCCUAA